GUUUUAAAGUUUCUUGAGACUGUUCCUGAGUACCAGUGGUGGGAAAAGCAGUUAUAGGGGUGCCGUAUGGCAGAAAGGAGGUCAAGGGAACACUGCCUGUUUGGGGAGGGACAUCUGCAUCCUUCACUGUGGUCCCAAACCAUGAAUAUUGUGGGCCAGUUUGCAGAGACGGUGUUUGUGACAGUGAAGGAGCUGUACCGUGGCCUCAACCCCGCCACUCUCACCGGAGGGAUCGAUGUCAUCGUGGUGCGACAGCCUGAUGGAUCCUUCCAGUGUUCUCCCUUUCACGUCCGCUUCGGCAAGCUGGGUGUGCUGCGCUCCAAGGAGAAAAUAGUGGACAUUGAGAUAAAUGGGGAAUCCGUUGACCUGCACAUGAAGCUGGGUGACAAUGGAGAAGCUUUUUUUGUGGAGGAAAAUGAAAACAAGGAGUCCGAGGUCCCAGCCCAUCUGUGCACCUCCCCAAUUCCGCUUGAGACCCCCGAGGAGAUCGAUGAGACCCCUGAGGGAUCCUCUAUCGCGGGGUCUGGCGCCCGCAGGAAGAAACGCCGCCGCAAGCGUAUACGCUCCGAUACUCACCUGAGGGAAGAGGCCAGCUCGUCAUCAGAUGAGAGAGAAAGAGAGAAGGAGUGGGAGAGAGAAGGUGACCAGGCCGGGCAGGAGAGUCCUGCUAGAGAGGAGCCCGUCACAGCACUACAUAUCAGUAAAUCCGUGUACUACUCGCUGUCCGAGGAGCCAAAUGAGGAGCUGGGGGCCUCACACACCAGAGACACUCAUCACCCUCACUCAGAUGGAGAGCAGUCGCCCUCGGAAAGCAGUGUGUUCUACAGCCGCUCAUCCUCUCCUAAGAGCGACUCAGAGCUUCUGGUUAAACCCCAGGAGUGCUCCGGGCCUCAGAUGCAGUGGAACUGGGGAGGUUUUCCCAUGCUGUGUCAAUCUGAGAGGACACCGGUGGAGUUACAGCGCAUCCCCCCUCCAGGCAGUUCUCAUUUCCGCACCAUUGAGAGACAGGACUCCUUUGACCUGAGCUAUGAGCCUGUGAUCAGCUGUGGCAGAGUGGGCAGUGUAACAGUGGUCAGGCCUCAGCCCAGGACUCAGUCCCUAGACCUAUGUAGCCACACAAUGCAAACCCCCCCUUUAUCUGGGGAGGAAAACUCUCACAUUGCCCAUUCCACUCCCAGUGACCUCUCCACAUCUUGUGCAUCACCAGCGGCGACGAACAUGGACUCGAGGCAGGCACCAGAGUCCGCAUUAUGGGAAGAGGAUAACAGAGACUCAUCCGCUAAUCUAAUUAAUGGCACCGAUCAUCUUGUUGAGCAUAUUAGCACUGUGACUGACGGUGUGACCGAACCAAACGAAGCACAAAUACAACUCAUAAAAGAGAGCGAGGACUGCACAGUCACCGCGACAAGUCCAAGUAGCACAGAGGUGCCAAAUCCACAACAGCAGGCCGCCUCAUCGGGACAAAGUGAACAGGGCUCCAUGAGUAGUGCUCCUGUCAGCGAGGCGGACAGUGGGAUAGAUCCCAGUGCCGAGGGAGGGGAGGAGGACAGUGGACCUGGAGGGGCUGAAGGCUCAGCAGGUGGAUCACUGACCAACAAGACAGAGGGGUUAGCGAACUCCUCUGAGGCCUCCUCCAAAGUGGACCAACAGGACAAGAAGAAAGCAGGCAAACGCAAUCACCAUCUAGGACCAACAGGUAUUUACUUGGAUGAUCUGACCAAGUUGGACCCUGAGGUGGCUGCACUGUACUUCCCCAAGAGUGAGACAGAGGGAGCGUCUCAGCAAGGGGCAGAGCAGGGCUCCUGCUCAGGGAGCCAGUCGCCUCAGUCCGUGGGCAGCGGGGCCAUGGACAGCGGUACAGAGUACCUGUCAGAUUCAACCUCCUACAACAUGGACAUCAGCAUGUCCCUCUGCGGACAAGAGGGGGACACCAGCCAAAUCACCAAAGAAAAGUUUAUGGAGCACAUUGUGACAUACCAGGAUUUUGCCAACAAUCCAGGAAUCAUUGAGGAUCCAAGUCUUGUGAUCUGCAUCAACUCAAACUAUUAUAACUGGGCAGUGGCAGCUCCAAUGGUCUUGUCAAUGACAACGUUCCAGAAAAGCCUACCCAAGAGUACGAUAGAGCAGCUGGUGAAGGACAAGAUGCCCAAAAAGUCUGGACGCUGGUGGUUCUCCUGGAGGAGACGAGACAUGGACAAAAACCAGCAAAAUAACUCAAAAGAGGGGCAGGGGGAGUCACAGGAAACAGAUUCUUCCACAGUAAAAGCCACACUGGAUGAAAUUGACAGUGAUGAGGCGGCAGGUCUCGGCCGCAAAGCCGAGCUGAUUCCUACCAGCCUUUCAACAGAAACCCUGAGCGCCACUCAGUGUAUCACCCAGAUAUACUGCAAAUCACUGCGUCUGACCUCUGAACAGAUAGAGCAAUUAAACCUGCGUGAUGGAGCCAACAAAGUGGUUUUCAGUGUGACCACCCAAUACCAAGGCACCUGUCGCUGUGAGGCUGCUAUCUACCUGUGGAACUGGGACGAUCGUGUCAUCAUAUCGGACAUCGACGGCACCAUCACCAAGUCUGAUGCCCUGGGUCAUAUUCUACCUCAGUUUGGAAAAGACUGGACACACAAAGGCAUCGCCAAGCUCUACCACAAAAUACAUCAAAAUGGCUAUAAGUUCCUGUAUUGUUCAGCGCGGGCCAUAGGUAUGGCUGCCAUCACUAAGGACUACCUUCAGUGGGUCAAUGACAAAGGCAUCGUCCUCCCUCAAGGCCCUGUGCUGUUGGCUCCCAGCAGCCUCUUCUCAGCACUACACAGAGAGGUUAUUGAGAAGAAGCCAGAGGUGUUCAAAAUCGCCUGUCUCAGUGACAUCAAGGACUUGUUCAACCCACAGAGAAAGCCCUUCUACGCGGCGUUCGGCAACAGGACUAACGAUGCCUUCGCCUAUAAGCAGGUUGGGGUGCCUGAUACCAGGUUAUUUACCGUCAACCCAAAAGGAGAGCUCAUCCAGGAGAGGACUAAAGUCAGCAAGUCCUCGUACAGCCACCUGAGUGAGUUGGUGGAACAUUUCUUCCCCACGCUCUCUGUAGGGGGCAGCACUUCCUAUGCUUUGGACUGCCCAGAUUUCAGCAGUUUCUCCUAUUGGAAGGAGCCUCUGCCAGAACUUGACCUGGAUGCACUACUGUAGACAAACACCCACAUCUAUCAAAAAGCUAAAAAUGCGUUUUAAAGUUAAAGUUUUUCUCCUUUUCCAGAAAGGCAAUUAAAAUUAUUUUUACCAUCAUGCCUGACUAUUGCCUUUGAAUAAAGUGGGAAAGAAAGACGCGUAUGUCCCAUCUUAAAAAGACGGAAAGAAAUUAAGACAUAAUAUGCAAGGACUCGACAAUCAAAAAUAAGCAUGCAGUACUUAGUCUCAGUGCUUGUACACAGACUAUGGCUGUUGACACAAUAUUUUGCUAUUCUAAUGUAAAAUCCUACACUGAACAUUACACGACUGGACAAAUAAGCCUUUGGAUUGUUUCAGUUUUUCCUGAUUGUGUGAACCAGUAUCAUGGUCAUUCCAAAACAUUAAUUUAAACUACAUAAACACUUGUCUUCAUUUCAGCUUUAUACAUUUACCAAAAACACAUUUGAGAUGCCUAAAUCCUGCACAUGCCAAAACUAUUGCCUGUUUUUCUGUGGCUGAUCUGAAAAAUGUCCAUUUCACUCUUUGGAGCUCAUGCCCAACACUCAAACAGACCCAGACACACACUGCUAUGUGUGUGAAGUUGGCAAUGGGGCGUCGUGGGGAUGAUUUUUAUAGCUACAUGUACCAAGAAGCAAAUAUGGUGUGAGAAUGUAUUUAAAUUGUUUUGAUUAUUAUUUAAGAGUUUGUUUAACGGUAGUAAGUAUGAGUACACUGGGGUUCGCCCUGAGCAAUGUUAAGCAUUAUUCUGUUUUUGUCAAGCUCAAGAGUGUUUUCUAAAUGCAUUUGACUCACCUGAGUUAUAAGUUAUAAGAGCUUUGGAUGGGAAGCUAUAUUUUAGGUGUUAAGUGCUGAAUAAAAGCCUGCAGAUGAAUAUGGACUGGAGUUGGUCUUAAGGGACAAUAGCAUCAUUGUUUUAUUACUACCUGAGGAUUUCAAUAACAAGUUGAUCUUAGCACAUGAUUAAUGUGAAACUACAGCACACACAUUUCACAAAUCUUGCUUUCAGGUACUGACCUACUAGAAAUGUUUGUACAUGAAUGCAGAGGUGGCUCAGACUGAUGAUGACCUUUAUUCCAGAGAAGUGUCAACAGACCUAGGAGGAGAACACUAGUGGUUUAGCCUGGCAUUGUGCCUUUGCCCUUUGUACUAUGAUGACUGUUAUAUUUAUUAUUUUUGCAUAUCUUUCUAUGUGGAGAUGCAUUGGAGCUGAGGAUUGUACUUAACUUUUUAACCCAAAUGUAUAGAAAUUAAAAUAAAAUAAAUA